AUGAUGAAAACGAGGAAGAUGAAGGCGAUAAGCAUAAAGAACGAUAAAGGCGGAUAUCUUCCUGAGGAAUGGGUUAAAGGAGCUGUCGCGGUUUGGCUUGAUGAAAAAGAAGAAGAAGACAAGGAACAGGAAGAAGAAGAAAAGCAGAAAGAAGAGGAGGAGAAAGAAGAUGACGGGGGAAGAGACGCGUUCGGAAAAGAAAACACAGUACUGUAUCAGUUUAUAGUGAAGAAGCUAGAAGUCAGAGAGAGGUCAACCAUCGAUGGACAUCUCAUCUUUGGAGUGAAAACGAAGAUAACGGGCAUCUACGGUUACCAAUAUGGGGAGAUGUCGAUGUGGAAAGCACAAGCAAUACAGCUGAUUAAAGCUCAGUGCGACCACGUUGGUGAUUACUGGUAUUCUCCAAGCGCCACAAUUGCAGUUCUCCAUUCUGACCCACUACCAUAUAUGCACAGAGGAAAUGACAUUCUUGGCCGCAUUAUCAACUAG